GAAUCAGUGUUAAUUCUCUGAGGAAAAAAGUUUCUGAGUGUUUUUUGUGGCUUUGUUUUUUCUGUUGGGUGUUUGGCUUUUUUCCCCCCCGCCAUUCGGAUCUGAAUUUAAUAAGACUUCUUCGGGAUGGAUGUUUGUGCGGGAAUCUCGACAACGGCAGAGUCGAACUCUUUGGCUGUGAAGGUUGUUGAUGUGGAGAAGAGUCGCGUACACGCACUUGUCACUCCGCACGUGGAACCGAAGAUGACCAACUUCAGUAUUGACGCCAUUCUGGGAGAGAAAGACAGAAAUGCUCGUCGUGAAGAUGCUAUUAAAGAAGAAGAUGGCGUUGAAGAUAUAAAAAUUAAGACAGAGGUUUCGACCAGUGAAGAAAGCUCGUCUACCCCAUGUCUUGAAAGCGCCACCUGCCGUCUGGAGACCAAGGAACUCUGGGAUAAAUUCCACGAACUGGGAACAGAGAUGAUUAUUACCAAAACAGGAAGGCGGAUGUUCCCCACAUUACGAGUUUCGUUCACUGGACUGGACGCCAAAGACCGCUAUCUAGUGUUCAUGGACGUGGUACCAGUGGACAACAAGCGCUACCGUUACGCCUAUCAUCGAUCUUCGUGGCUGGUGGCGGGUAAAGCCGACCCGCCCCUCCAGUCCCGACUCUGUAUGCACCCGGACUGUCCGUUCAACGGGGAACAACUACAGAAGCAGACGAUAUCGUUCGAAAAACUGAAACUGACCAAUAACAUUCUUGAUAAGAAUGGCCAGAUUGUCUUGAACUCCAUGCACAAAUAUCAGCCACGAAUUCACCUGAUGAAAGAAACGGAAGACCUUGUUCUGCCGCUGACCAGUCUAAACAACACUCAGGUCAAAACGUUCAUCUUCCCAGAAACUGUGUUCAUCGGCGUAACGGCAUAUCAGAACCAGUUGAUAACCAAGUUAAAGAUUGACAGCAACCCGUUCGCCAAGGGAUUCCGAGAUUCUACGAGACUUACCGAUUUCGAUCAAGAUACAAUGGAGGCAUUGAUACAAAACCAUUCGUACGCGAGAUCGCCCCUCAGAGCCCUCGUGGAUCCGGACUACACCGAAGAGGCAUCACAUAGUAAGAAAGACACAAAUCCGCAGCUGUUUCCGGUUCCUUUCCUAUAUCCAUGGCAGUGUCAAGGAUCGGCGUGGUCGCCUAUUCACUCAGGGAGUCCGGACAAAAUACACCACAGUUUCUUUGGGAGCAUUCUCAAUCACUCAAACCCAAACUUUGUGGGGGCCAAUGACCCCCAUUCCAUGAGGACAAUCCACGAGAUGUUGUUACGAAGUGCUAUGUACUACAACGCACUGCAGACGAGUUCUAAAGCCGUUAGUUCCCAGGGACUGAGGUACCACCCCUAUCUGACGGCAGAGAAAGUCAGACCAGGAGAUCCGUGAAAUCUGGCAGAUCACUAUAAAUAAUUUAAGAUUAAACCAUACAUAUUAUUCAUCUUUGGGGAAAGUGGUGGUUGCUCGACUUGUACACCAGGGUGCUACAUAUCAUGCAGCGCGUAGAUGAUGGUUUAUAUAUUAUUUAUUACUUGUUCCCUGUCACGUGAGUGAUUACGUCAGUUAAAGGGAUCAUAUCACUUUUGCAGCCAACCAGCGAACUGUUGUAAUUCGAGAGGAAUGGUCGUUUAAAGAGACUACUACUAGUUCCACCAGUGGCAGAUUAUGCUUUAGGUAAGGGGAGUUUCCGAAAUAAUAUGUAAAUGUUUAUAAUUUGAAAUUAUAAAUUUUACGUGAACAUCAAUUUAGAUCUACGUGGUGGGAUUGUUUAGUUUUUUCAGCCGGGGAGGGGGCGGGGUCCGUUCAACUGGGAAAUCCCCCAUAAUCCGCCCCUGUCCACUGAAAAGACUUCCCCAUUUCUUUAUUUCAUUUUGCUGGAAUCAGAACUGAUUUGACUGUUAGAUUAUAUAUAAUUAUGGUGUAAAAACUGGGUUGAUUCCUGCUUCUAGAACUGAAUACCAUGUAGUGUGUUGCUUGUAUACUAUUACUAAUAUACUGAAGUUUAAUUAGAGUUGCUCCCCUUUUCGGAUUUCUCGAAAUAAAGAGUGGUAACAUUUUAAAACUCUGGGCCCAGUUUCACAAAACAUCAUAAAUUAAACUAUAAUUCUUAUUACUACUAACUAACAUAAUUUGAAGCAUACACAUUUCAGUUUUGUGUUGUCCUUAAAAUGCUCCAUCUUCUGUAAUUAUGCACUUUUCUGUGUGAAAUGGAUGCCAAAAACAUACAUUACGUAUCACCGGUACAACUUCUAGUCGCAGAUGUAAACUUACUGUGUUUUGUGAAAGGGAUCACACAUGGAGAAAUUGUUAAUUUUUUACAGAAAAAACAAUGACAUCACAGGGGUAGAAUUGCUCGGCUGUAACUAAUGGUGAGAUACCUGAACAUCACACAUGUCUAUCGUCUCGAGUCGCUGUCUGUAGUGACAACCGGCCUCGGUGGUGUCGUGGUUAAGCCAUCGGACAUACGACUGGUGCUCCAGGUUCGGAUUUAGACCUUGGGGGCCCGGGGCACUUCAGGUUCGGGGGCCCCUCAACAUAGAAAUUA